UUUGUUAUUCUGUGCUUCACGAUUAUUAGCAUUGAUUAGGUUAUGUUAGUUUUUACAAUUUUUACUUGAAUUAAGUUUGUACUGGUCAAAAAUUUAAUAUAAAGAAUUAUUACAAUGGGUGAUCGUUACAAUAUACAUAGUCAAUUGGAACAUCUGCAGUCGAAGUAUAUCGGGACAGGACAUGCAGAUACUACUAAAUACGAAUGGUUAGUUAAUCAACACAGAGAUAGCUAUUCAAGUUACUUAGGACAUCCUGAUUUAUUGAAUCAUUUUUCGAUAUGUGAAAAUGAAGCAAAAGCUAGAGUGAGAUUCAACUUGAUGGAGAAGAUGUUACAACCUUGUGGUCCACCUCCAGAUAAGCCAGAAGAUUAAUUUAUUAAUAAUUAUUCCUUCACACUUUCAACUGUCAUAACGUGAAUAAAGAUACAAAUGUAAUCCUAAGAAAAUAAUAUAGUUUAUUUUUAUACAAAAAUAUUAAAAUCCUCUGACACUCUU